CAGAGGAAUUAAUGUCGUUUUACUGAUCACAGAGAAGCAGGAAAGUCUUUUUGAAGCUGUUUCAGGUUGACUGCUGCGGCUUUUAAAAGGUUAAUGGUUACUUCGAUGCCUGAUCAAAAUACGAAAACACCUGACAUCAUACAAUCGGCUUCCCACAGGAAGAGGAGGUUCUCACUUACCACCAGGAGAGAAGUCCCGGUUUGCAACAAAAUAGUCCAGAACCUCAGCGAAGUUGUGCUUCGCAGUGGUUCUCCAUAUUUUGCUGAAGUCCUGGUCUGUUUUGGGAGAUUCUUGUCUGGUUGUAGAACUGGUGGCCUUUUUGUGGAGACCAUGGACAGGACUGCAAGGGCUGGUCUUCUGGAGCUCUGUCUUAUGCAGCUUAAGAGAAGCUGGCAGUGCCUGAAGCCUCGGCCUGUUCUGGGACAUAUGACUGGAUCACACUGCACAAAGGAUAUUCAGAAGAAUAUCAGCAGCUCCUCUUCUGCACCUGUUCCAGUCAGCUCUCCUUCUCCAGUCUUCACUGAGCUCCGUCCUCUCAUGGCUACCCCUGAGAACAACCCAUCCCAGGAAGACAGGCUGGAGGACCAAUCAGGGCCUGCAGGACCGUCAUGCCUGCACACGGCCUGGUCCCGCUUCCUCAAGGGGGUGUCCUAUUUCUCAGGAGACAUGGAGGUGUUUGGAAAGUGGAUGGAGAAACAGUUUUUCUUGCUGCAGCUCGUGGACUGGGUUCUGCGCGGAGCAGCCCAGGUGAUGUUUGUCAACAACCCUCUGAGUGGCCUGGUCAUUUUUGCUGGCCUCAUCCUGCAAAAUUAUUGGUGGGCCCUCAACGGUUUAGUGGGGACACUCUUUGCAACAAUUUCUGCUCUCAUUCUGCAGCAAAGCAGGGGUGCAAUAGCUGCAGGACUUUAUGGAUACAACGGCAUCCUGGUGGGUCUCCUGAUGGCCGUGUUCUCCAAUGCAGGCGACUGGUACUGGUGGCUUCUGCUGCCCAACAUCUUCAUGUCCAUGAUGUGCCCGAUUGUGUCCAGUGCCCUGGCAUCCAUUAACACCCGCUGGGAUCUGCCAGUGUUCACGCUGCCAUUCAACAUCCUGGUGUGUCUCCACAUGGUCGCCACGGGCCACUAUAACCACCACUUCCCCCAAGUCCACAUCCAGCCACGCUCAGAGCUGCCCAACAUCACCUGGUCUGAAAUCGACGUGGCAAAGCUGUUCAGGUCAAUACCAGUGGGAAUAGGCCAGGUGUACGGUUGCGACAACCCUUGGACCGGAGGGAUCUUUAUCAUCUCCCUCUUCAUCUCUUCACCCAUCACCUGUGUCCAUGCCGUCCUGGGAUCUGCUGUGGGCAUGGUGUCAGGUCUGGCUUUAUCAGCCCCUUUUGAGAACAUUUACUUUGGUCUCUGGGGAUACAACUGCGUGUUAGCCUGCAUCGCUGUAGGAGGGAUGUUUUACGCUCUCACCUGGCAGGUGCACCUGCUCGCCAUCACAUGUGCGUUUUUCUGCGCGUACCUCGGCUCAGCCAUCGCCAACGUCAUGUCCAGGUUUGGUCUGCCGGCGUGCACCUGGCCUUUCUGCCUGUCUGCCCUCACCUUCCUCCUCCUAACGACGGGGAGCAAGAGGAUAUUCAAGCUCCCGCUGGCCAACGUCACCUACCCUGAGAAAAACCUGGCCUUCUACUGGAAGCUGAAAAAGCAGGAGAAGGCCGAGAAGGCAGCGAAAGAGAGUCGGGAGCAGCUGAACGCUGAGAUAACCCUGAAUGAGAAAGAGCAAUUAAAACUGGAGCUUCAACGAAUAGAGGAGGGGAGACAAGAAAGUGAAAGCGACAACAUGACCGAAGUGGACGAGGGUGUUAAUGUGGAAGAAACAAACGGAGAAGAUGAUUCCACCAUCGCUGUUCUUGCUGACUAUGUCUGAACAAUGUUCUCGGAUACAGCCAAGAUGUGAAAAUAAGGAGUGACACUGAAACGUUUGAAUAAUGUAAAUAUAUGUAGUUGUAAAUAUGUUUUUUUUUAUUAUUCUGCUGUCAAUAUUUAUUUUCUUUUUUAAGAAACAUCCUGGUUUCUUAAAAAAGAAAACCAGGAUGUUUUGUUGUUAAAUUAGAAGUACUAAUUUAACAACUAGUACUUCUUCUAUACACUUGUGUUAAUGUGGGAGCUAAGCUUUUAUUUGCAAUGUAAUUUGUUUGGAGCAAUAAAUCUUGGUGUUUUCAAAAACAGGGACAUUCUGUCAGCAGGAUAAUUAGCUGUGAACUUCACUAAGCUGGUCUUUGUGAAUGAGUGGCACAAGAAAAGCUGUUUUGUUUACAGAGUAAUAAAAACACGCAAACUCUG